CCCGGCGCAGCAGCGGUGCCCGGCGGCCGGGCACGGCACGCUCCUGCUCCCUCCCUGCCCUCGGGAUUAGCUGCCCCUCCUGGAGCUGUCAGCGCGGAAGAGCUCGAUGGCAGGAUCCUGCGAGAUCAGCAACAUCUUCUCCAACUACAUCAGUGCCAUGUACCAGCCAGAUGAAGUGCAGCCAACCCUGGACAUGCUGGGACACCUUGGAGACGACAGCACCCUGGGGUUGAGCCUUCCCAGCAGCCAGACCCUGGCACAGAGCACAGAGAAGCCGGAGUGGUUCAGUGAGCUGCCAUACUUCUGGACCAAGGUGCAAGUGCUGGAGUGGAUCAGCUACCACGUGGAGAAGAACAAGUAUGAUGCCAGCUGCAUCGAUUUCUCCUGCUGCAACAUGGACGGGCACGCGCUCUGCCACUGCACCCGCGACCAGAUGCGCCUCAUCUUCGGGCCCCUGGGGGAUGAGCUCUACGACCGCCUGCAUGAGAUCACCUCUGAUGAGCUGAACUGGAUCAUUGACUUGCUGGAAAAAGAGGAUGCAACUUCCCAACAGACCUUCCUGGACUCCAGCCACCUGGAGCUGGGAAAUCCCUGUGCCAAGGAAUCCCUGGAGGACAUGAAGCCCACAACCCCUUUCCUACCCACAGACAUCACCUGCUUCCCUGAUGCCGUGUCCCCAGGCAGCUCUGAUGUCUCAGCAGGACCUGUGAUGUUGCACAGCCCCAACUCUCAGGACUCCGGUGGAAGUGACCUUGACCUUGACCCCGUGGAAGCAAAGCUCUUCCCUGACAGCAGCAAGAAAGGGGACGGCAAACACGGCAAGCGGAAACGGGGACGGCCCCGGAAACUCAGCAAGGAGAGCAGAGACUGCCUGGAGAGCAGGAAGGGCAAGCACUCUCCAAGAGGUACCCACCUGUGGGAGUUCAUCCGGGACAUCCUGAUCCACCCCGAGCUGAACGAGGGGCUGAUGAAGUGGGAGGACCGGCGGGAGGGCGUCUUCAAGUUCCUGCGCUCGGAGGCGGUGGCGCAGCUCUGGGGCCAGAAGAAGAAGAACAGCAGCAUGACCUAUGAAAAGCUGAGCCGAGCCAUGCGCUAUUACUACAAGAGGGAGAUCCUGGAGCGGGUGGACGGGCGGCGCCUGGUCUACAAGUUCGGGAAGAACUCCAGCGGCUGGAAGGAGGAGGAGAUCCUCAGCAGGAAGAAGGAUCUGUAGGAGUCUAGGAUGAGCUGGGGUCUGACAGGACCCUAAAGGGCCAUCCCUGAGACAGGCUUCUUGGCAGGAAGCUUUGCCUGCAGCUGUAGCUGGAGGCUGCUGCCCUUGCGCAGGCUGUGAAACUCUGCCCCUUGCAUGGGCACCGAGUGGUGCUUUGGCUCCGGUAGGUUUCUGCAAGUUGCUGUUUCCCUGGCUGGAUUUGCACCUCCAGCUGCAGCCACAGGGACUUUGGCUGCUUCCAAGCCUGGACAGACACAAAGGAGAAGAGAAGUUCAAGUGGCAGCUGGCACCGCAGUGAGAGCCCAGCAGGUCUCUUGCUGUCACCCACCUCCUGCCCAGGCAGAGAGGCAGCACCACCGUGCCACCUGUGACCAGACAGACUUGUCCCAGCUGUGGAGUCCUCCCCCGUUGCUGCUUGUGCCCUGCUGAAGGCAGCCUCCAUCCUGUUCGCUCCAUGGGGGAUGGGUGAGGCCCUCCCUGUGCAGCAGCUUCCCAGUGUGGCACCUCCUGAGAGAAGAUGGCAACGUUGUGAAGCUCCACUUGGCCUUGGAGAGCACUGAGAGGGGAGAAGACUGGGGACAGCAGGGCCACUUUGCAUUGCUGUGCCUGCAGACAAGGCCCUUCCCCAGAGCAGCUUCUAAUUUAUGUGAGGCCAGCCCCAGAGGCAGAACCAAUGUACAGAUCUAUUUUUUCACGAGCGAGAUGCUCCUGCGUGCCCUGUGCUUCGUAGGGCACACGCCUCUCUUGUGGCAGGUGGUGAUGCUCAGCUGGACUGAAGCAAUGUCACAGGGGUACAGACUGGCUCUGUGCCAGCCACAGGAGGAGGUUGCCAGCCCAACCAGGCACCCAGCAGGUGCCUGUGGUUUCCUUCUCUAAUGGGAACAUAAAAGGAAUAAACUUCUUUGGUUGGGGUUUUUUGUA